AUGGAUUCUUUUGAUGACCUCACUUGCAAAUUAGGAUCUAUGGGUUCUGAUUAAUAAACUAAUGAUACAAUAAGUCCUAUUAAUAUAAGAACAAGUGAUAUAUUUAGUGAUUUAAAAAAAAAUACUGAUUAAAAUGAUAAACCUCUUUUUGCAUUAAAAGAUUAAGUUUAUCAUUUCUAUUAAACAAUGAGAAAUAUGACAAUCAAAGAAAAUUAUAGCUAUUAAAUAGCAUCUCUAAUCUUUUUGAGUGAGUACCAAGAUAAUUCUUCUUAAAAAUUGGAUAAUGUCAAACAAAUACUCUAAGAAUGCACUAAUUUAAAUCUAAAAACCUAUUUUAUAAUAUUAAAUAAUAAUAAUCGUAAACCAAAUGCUAAAGAACUUAGACAAUUAGUAAAUUAAUUUCCAUGUAGUUUGAGUAUAGUUGAUACUGAAAUUCAAAAUUUAAAUUAAGAAUUAUAAACAAUUACUAAAGAACUAAGAAUAGGAUCUUUUGAUACUAGAUUGUUUGUUCAUAUUUCUACAAACAAAUCUAUGAAAAUCUACUUUAAUGAUCUAAUAAAUUCUUUGCAAAAAUUUGAGAAAGGACUAAGUUAAAAUGAUAAAAUUUAUUGGUCUUCUUGUAAAACAAAUGAAAAGUUUGCUACCAUAGAAAUAUAGGUAGAUCCAUAAAAUGAGAAGAAGGUAGAAAGAAAAAACAAAAGAAAAUACAUUUUAUAUGGGUUUAUCUUAAUGGUAGUUCUUAUAAUUAUUUGCUAUUUAUUAUAUGUUGUGAUUAUAACAUUUAAGUAAUGA